CGACGACGCCUCUUCCCUACGUCGACUAGGAAGCUAUGUCUUUUGCCCGCUUCUUCAGCUAGUGAAACCCUAAUCGGACCCUGAAACAAGACGAAGCUGGCGGUGUUUUAUGAUGCGAGCAAAACUCAACGACCGAUUAAGCUUUGCCGUUCCCCGCACACCGAUAUGUCAUUGGUCCAAGCACCCGCGAAAAAGAGGAGGAGGUUGACCUCGCCGCGAUUUAGCACUACAGCUCUCAAUUGCCUUCUCUCGCACAUAGACAAAACUCGAAUAUCAUAGGGAUCAAACUCUCGUCGCAUCACGCUAUAUCUAUCCCAGGGCACUCACGUAGCCUACCAAAUCAAGUAGCCAUGGCAGGUCCUGCUCCAGGGACAACGGCCAUUCCGUCCACUAUGAAGGCGUGGCUCUGGAACACCACCAGCGGAGGCCUUGAAAAGAACAUUUACAGAUCUGAUACUGCCAAACGACCGGGUCAGACACUGCAGUCUAACCAGGUCCUUGUGAAGGUCAUUUCCAUGUCUCUCAACCCUGCCGACUACAAGGUCCCUGAAAUGGGAUUUAUCUACAAAUGCGUGGUCUCCACACCAGCGUCGCCCGGCAUGGACUUUUGUGGAAGUGUUGCCGCAGUCGGUCCCGGAGUAACGAAUGUCAAGGUGGGACAGCUCGUUUUUGGGUGCUUGGUCUUGCCGUUGCAGCACGGUUCUCUGGCAGAGUACAUCGUCACACCAGGCGAUGUUAUCGUUCCCAUUCCAGACGGCGUUGAGGUUGAUCAUGCUGCCACAGUAGGUAUUGCUGGGCAAACCGCGCUGCAAGUCAUUCAAAAUAAAGUUGGAGAAGGUGAUCAUGUUUUCAUCAACGGUGGAUCUGGUGGCGUAGGGAUAUAUGCGAUUCAGAUCGCAAAAGCCCUUGGAUGUCAGGUCACCGCGACAUGCUCGACUCGAAAUGUUGAGUUGUUGAAAAGUCUUGGAGCGGAUGAGGUUCUCGAUUAUACGACUGUCGACGUUGUCCAACAUUUGCGCAAGCAAGGACCACUAUUCAGUCUUUGCCUCGACAUGAUCGGCGAACCGGACGAGUUGUAUCGCGAAAGCCACAACUUUCUCCUCCCUAACAAGUUAUUUGCACAAGUUGGAAACGGCUCACAUUUGGCUACUGCAGCACGGCUCAUUACCCCUAAGAUCUUCGGCGGCGGGCAGCGACCAUAUCAGCUAGUUUUUUUCAAGAACAGGUACGAAGAUCUGAAAAUAAUAGGCGACUGGAUGCAGCAGGGCAAAGUAAAGGCGGUCUUAGAUAGUGUAUACGAGUUUGAUGACGCCGUUCAAGCUUACGAAAAACUUAAAAGUCAUCGUGCCAGGGGGAAGAUUGUUGUACACGUUUCCGCCAAACCAGUUUGAUAGUUGUAUAUAUGAUUAUGACACGUCUUUAUUUAUAUUUUAUUUGACAGCGCCGCCAAAAUUGCGUUUGAAUUGACAUUUUCGUGUCCUUCGGGCCCUCCCUCCAAAGAUCAUUUCCUAUAAAACAUCCCGUUUGCACCGGCUAACUGGGCACCUGUUUUUUCAUUUUCCUUUUAUCUGAACACUUCUCUCUUG